UUUCACGGUGAAUGUCAAAUCUGUUGGGGCGUACAUUGUUUGUUGGUUUAAUAAAAGAUUUAAGUACAUAAAAUGCUAAAACCCAAAGCACUUACCCAAGUUUUAAGCCAGGCGAACACGGGCGGAGUCGAGAAUACCCUUCUGCUUAGCCAGGAGGGCGCUCUGCUGGCCUACUCCGGCUAUGGAGAUAAGGAUGCACGCAUAACGGCAGCUAUUGCAAGCAAUAUUUGGGCUGCCUACGAGAAACAUGGACGCAAUGCGUUCCGCGAAGAUCGUCUGACCUUUGUGCUGAUUGACUGCGAGUGCGGGCAUGUGGCCAUCACACAGGUGGCCAGUGUGCUGUUGUGUCUCUAUGCCAAGGAGCAUGUCGGCUUGGGCAUGCUAAAGCAGAAGACCAUGUCGUUGGCAGCGUAUUUGGAGAGGCCGCUCAAGCAAAUCUCUGCAUCCUAACGAGCGAAAGAGUAUUCGUAGGCUCGAUUUCGAUUAGUCUUAAGUGUAAUUCCUGUUUUGUAGUUGAUAAACAUAUAAAGUACGUUGAUAGCUUUUGGAUCGGAAA